UAUCCUUCCUAUGAGUAGGUGUGUCUAGUCUUUUGACUGGUAUUGUGUAUAUAUAUGUAAUGUGCGAGCGUGGUAUUUUUAUUAGGCAAGGUCACAUUGUGUCCUGAAAUCCAUAGACAAAAUGUCUGCAUUUCACUAUUAUACACUCUAUGUCCAUUCCUUGGACACGAGUCUGCUUCCACGACAUGUGCGCAGCGUCCUUAACUUAACUUAAUAAUUGAUGCAAUCUAGGUAAUAACAUGCAUAUCUGUGUAAAGUCUAAAGGUGCUGUUCGUGCUUUUAUGCUCACUGAGGUUCCUAGGCUUUGCCGCCAUGCUGAAGUGAGCAGAAAAUCAGUGAUGGACCUUAAAACACCUUCACCUCGUCAUUAAAUCACUACGGUUAUUGCGGCACUUUGAACCGUCAUGUUCCCGGAGGAAUUCCCGAUUGAUACCUUGAGAGUUUUUUUGCUGGAAAUUCUUUUAGCUACCAAAGAAUAACAUAGAGCUGGGAGGGGACUGAUUGUUUAGCAGGAUAUUACAGUGUGUUGGUUUAAAGAUUAAUUUAAAUAUGCACGUCGGGUUGAAAUGUCAUUCCGAGCGCCGGCACAGCCUCACACCUCUGGCGGAGUCCCUGCGUCAGGAGCAUGAGCUGCUUCGAGGAGGUCCUCACCGCUAUUGGGGAGUUUGGUGCUUUUCAGAAGCGCCUGCUGGUCGCAGUAUGUCUCCCCAACCUUUUCACUGCCUUCCACAUGUUCGGCCAAGUGUUCAUGGUGCUGGACGUCCCGCACCACUGCAACACCAGCUGGAUUCUGAGCCUGGGACCCAACCUGACCGUGGAGGAGCAGAAGAACCUGACCCUCCCGAGGAGAGAUGGGCAGUAUGACUCCUGUCUCAUGUUCACGCCCGUGUCCUCGGACCUGGACGAGAUCAGGGAGUACGGGCUGAACGAGACCACCAAGUGCAAGGAUGGAUGGGUGUAUGAGAAUCCCCAGGGCAGCUACACCAUACUGUCAGAGUUUAACCUGGUGUGUGACAACAGAGUGCUGAAUGAGGUCUCGCAGUCUAUCUACAUGGCCGGGCUCCUGGUCGGGGCUCUGGUGUUUGGCCCAAUGGCGGACAAGUACGGACGUCGGACCGUGAUCCUGAUCUCUCUGCUGCUGCAGGUGAUCUUUGGAGUGGGGGCGGCCUUCGCACCAAACAUCUACGUCUACAUCGGCUUUCGCUUUGUGGUUGGCAUGGCGAUAUCUGGGAUCGGCCUAAACACAUUUGUCUUGGGUGCUGAGUGGUGUGGAGUUUCCAAGCGGACCUUCUGCACCAUUGUGCCCCACGCUUGCUUCGCCGUUGGCCUGAUGGUGCUGUCGGGCAUCGCCUACGGUAUCAGGGACUGGAGGACCCUGCAGCUCGUCCUCAGUGCCCCUGUCCUCGCCCUUGGCAUCUACUACUGGAUCCUUCCUGAAUCUGUACGGUGGCUUCUGACCCAAGGGAAAAGAAAGGAGGCCAAGAAGCUGAUUAUGAAGGCGGCGAGAGUGAACAAGAAGGAGAUCCCAGAAUCUCUCCUGGAUAAGAUAGAAGUUGAGCAUGACACCAAGACCAAGACUGGUAGCUUUUUGGAUCUUAUCAGAAUCCCUUUUCUGAGGAAGCGAGUGCUGACCAUGAGCUACGUCUGGUUUGUGACUAGCCUGGUUUACUACGGCCUCAGCCUGAACGUGGGGAGCUUUGGCCUGGAUAUUUACCUCACGCAGUUCAUCUUCGGCUUUGCUGAGCUUCCUGCCCGUCUGGGCAGCAUCCUGGUCCUCGACCGUUUUGGAAGGAAGAAAUGCCAGAGCCUUGUGCUGAUCUUCGGGGGGGUAGUCUGCCUCCUCAUCCUUGCUGUUCCACAAGGACAGCCUGUGGUGGUGACCGUCUUAGCAGCAAUCGGCAAAUUUACUCUUGCUGCCUCUUUUUCCAUCGCGUAUACGUACUCUGCUGAACUGUACCCGACAGUCAUCAGGCAAAAUGGCGUGGGUAUGAACUCCAUGGCAGCCCGUGUGGCUGGGAUUCUGUCUCCUCUGAUCCGACUUCUGGAAGUCUACCACCACUCCAUCCCCAUGAUCAUAUAUGGGGUCAGUCCCCUGAUUGGUGGGGCACUCUGCAUCCUGCUGCCCGAGACUCUGAAUGCGGAGCUCAUGGAUCACACGGACGCCGUAGCCGAUGAGGACGUGUCCUCAGAAAAGCCAAGGAUUGAAAAUGGACUCCUGCACAGUCAAGAACUGAAAGAAGUGCAAGCAAAGGUGACAAAGUUAUAGAUGUUCUUUAUAGGUUGUCAUUGCAAUGUAAACUUUCAUAAUUGUUUAAAUUUCUAAAGGUGUAUAACUUUUGUGAUAUUUAGUUACUUUGUUUAAAAUCCCUGUACUUAUUAACACAUGCAUAGCUCAUGUUAAAUGUAUAUACAUUCUUCAGGGUAUUAAAAUAAUUAAUUUACAAUUUAUAGUACAUACUAUGUGCAAAGAACAUAUAUUUACUACAUAUUUAAGAACACUACAGUGUGCCUCACUGAAAGAAGCCAUUUGAAAUAUACUGUUCCACUACAUUAAUAUAAAGUACCUAUGCGUUUAAAGUCAUAUAUUUUCUUUACCAUAUUUUUCAUUUAAAAUAUUAUUUAUUCUUUAAGAAAAUGAAAAUACUCAGCAAACAUCACACCCUGUUCUUACAAACUCUUUUUACAAUCAGUGGCUGAAGGUGUGACAUGAGGAACUUAUCUUGGAGAGAUGUGAUCUUGUGAUUGUGGCGUGAUGUGCAUUGCACACAGGUACAGAAAGGCUUUAAGUAAAAUGAAAAUAUUGCUGAGACUGAAUAUACUGAGCAGGAAGAUGAAUAUUGUACUGUAAAGACUUGUUGAAUAUAAAGCUACUGUUGUGGUCCUGGAGGGCCAGAAUGCAACACACUUUUGAGAUUUCCCUGCUCGAACGCGUCUAACUCUGCUAAUUACCAGGUUAGUAAGUGUCUCUCAGCAGGGAAAUCUGCAAACUGUGUUGCAAACUGGCCCCCCAGGACUGGGACUGGGAAAACCUGCUGUAUGAUAAAGAUACAUUUAUCCUGUGUAACUAUGCUUCUGAUGUAUGUUUUGAUAAAAUAAAUGAUGUAAAAUUU